AUGUCCGACAACCCGAAAUUUGAGGAGCUGCACAAACAGCUCUUUGACGAAGGAGUCCAAGUGCGGAGAGCAGUCCUUGGAGAUGAGUAUGUCAAUAACGCGCUGCAAAAUGCCACAUCAUUCACGAUGCCUGGACAGCAGCUCAUCACGGAAUGGGCAUGGGGUACUGUCUGGAAACGCCCGGGUCUAGAUCGAAAGCAGCGCAGCCUUCUAAAUAUUGGAAUCAUCAUUGCCCAGAAAGCAUGGCUUGAGCUGGCUUUGCACACCCGGGGUGCUAUAAACAACGGCCUGACAGAGAUAGAGAUUAGAGAGGCUGUUCUGCAGGCAACGGUCUACUGUGGCACACCUGCCGGUGUCGAGGCAAUGAUGGUGACUGAGAAAACCAUCAAUGAGAUGAUAGAGAAAGGCGAAUAUAAGCGCCCGGAGGUCUAA